UGGUUGCCGACCCGUCAGUCUUUUUGGUGUCGUUUAUGUGUCAUGGCUCCGAACAAUGGUGUUAAUCGUGAUUAAUUCUUAUUUAAACAUUUCUUUAAGCUUAUUUACUGUAAACAGUAGUGUAUUUAUUAGGAUUUUUAACUCAAGUUGUGUGCAAUAACUUUUUGUUUUUAGCAAGAAACAAAAACAAACAUGCUUAAAAGAGGAUUACCUACCCUCCUACAUUAAUUUAGAGAAUACUGAAAAAGACCAGGAUCAAAAGGUCUACUUAUAAAAGGUUUCUUAGCAUACUAUGGCCGCUGCUGUUCAAAAGAACGGUAUGAAGCCCUUAUCAAAUGGCAAUAGUCUUGUGGCAACCCACGAAGUACAGGAUAUCGAAUUGAGCGGUUAUCAAGUAGACCAGGUAUAUGGGGGAACUCCCGACGUAUACUCCUCAUCAAAUGUGACUCAGUGCAAAGAUCUGGCCGCACAAGACGUGACACUGGACGGGGACGUCCCUACAUCAGAGGCUGCACCCAAGAUCGAGACUAGCCAAUGUGAGGAGCCCGAAAUAGACAUAGUCAUAAACAACGUGGUGUGCAGUUUCAGUCUACGGUGUCAUUUGAACUUGCGUGAAAUUGCAUUGCAUGGCAUCAACGUGGAGUACAGGCGGGAAAACGGCAUGAUUACCAUGAAGCUGCGACGACCCUAUACUACAGCAAGCAUUUGGUCAUCAGGGAAGGUCACAUGUACAGGUGCGACUAGCGAAUUGCAGGCUAAGAUUGCGGCCCGGAGAUUCGCGCGCCUUCUGCAGAAGCUCGGAUUCAACGUUCGCUUCAAUAAUUACAGGGUAGUCAAUGUUCUGGGCACUUGCUGUAUGCCCUUCGCUAUUAAGAUCAAUCUCUUCUCUGAACGACACAAAGAGGCUGAUUAUGAACCAGAGUUGCAUCCUGGUGUGACUUAUAAAUUGAAAAAUCCAAAAGCAACAUUAAAAAUAUUCUCAACUGGAAGUGUUACAGUAACAGCACCUAGUGUAGCCGAUGUGCAGGCUGCCAUAGAGUAUAUAUACCCGUUGGUGUACGAGUUUCGUAAAGAACGCUCGGCCGAGGACAUGGCUGCCAUACAGGCAAGUAAGAAACGACGCCUGUGGGGCGGCACUGAGGAAGUGAUCCAAGAUCCCGUCUAUGUUAAAGAGGAAGAGGAAGAGUCGGAGGGAGACGAGGGCGCGAAUCAGACAGACACUGCCACAGACUAAUAGUGCGAGACUCGAGUGACUUUUUCUUGUUUGUGCUGUUUUGGAAGACGGCUUCAACUCGCUUUUGUCUCUCAUAUACCCUACCACUUCUGGUUAAGGAACUGGCAAUCGUUGAGUUUAUGGUUUAUUUAUACUCUCUGGUUUCUCUUGUGAUAAAGUACCUUUUUCCCGUUCCUUCUGGUAGUGAAAGCAAAAGAGUAUGCUAUUAGCGCCUGGCCGGUUUCCCACCAUUUCUUUUUAAUGAUACGGUUUAUCAUUUUCUUUGAAUUGUCCCAUUUAUCCCGCUACUAUUUUAUUAUUGAUUUUCUUCGUUGUAGAGUAAUUAUUGUGAUGGUAGUCUAUGGAUGAACAAUUUAUUUGUGUGUGGACUUGCACACGUACAUUUGAUUUAUUUAUUAUGCAUUAUUUGAUCUGUUAAUUUUAUUUCGUGUGAUUGUUAAGGUGUGUGCGGCGUUUUUAAACAUUUUCCCCGUUUGUCCUACGAAGUUCAGGUAUAUUAUAAAUAAACAGUGACGCGUUAGGUCAAAAUAAAUACUGAUUUAUUCCAAAUAAUGGAUUUUAGGAUGUGAAAUGUUUGAAUUAAUAAGUUUUGCGAAAUCAGCCUUAUUAAGUGCUUUUUUAUUAAAUGUAGUAGCUAGGUGCACUUGGACCGUUUUCUAUUACUUUUCUGUUGACUAUAUCUGAAAACAUUCAUGUUAUUUUUAGUAAACGUUUGUUUACAUUUUGACUAGCUGAACUAAACUGUUCAAUAAACGGAAUGUUUUGACAUUUUUUUAUAUUUAAAUUUUGCAGUUUCAUUGUGUCUUUUAUUAAGAUAGAAAUAUUUAUUAUUUAUAAAUGAAAAUAAUACACUUUUAUGAAAAUUAUGAUUUCAGACAUAAUAGACAAAAUAUACGAAUUAAACGAUGGCAAUAGGUUUGUACUUUUUGUAAAAGGCUUAAUAUUAUUAGGGGGCCAAAGCCAUAAUACUGAUGUUAUGUCAAGAGUAAAAUUGAUAAAAAAAGAAAUGAAGUAAAAAAUUAUUUUGUAAAAAAAAUAACUAAGUUGUAGUUAUUGAUUUUAUUCAAUUCUUACAAUUAGAAUAUGUAAUUAAGAAUUAUUAUCUUUGUUUGUAUGGCGACAUUUGGGGCUUCAUUUGAGAAUACUGACCUUUCGAAUUCCCAAAAAGUGUUAAUUACAAGUAGCCAUGACACAAAAUAGGUCGAUUAAUUUUUUUAAAACAAUUUUUAUAGUCGUUAUUCUUGCUAAUACUUACCCAUAGUGUUAGAAAGAAUUACUUUUACAUUUUAUUAAAGUUACAUUACAUUAUACCCGUUGGUUUUGUAAAUAAAUAUUUUAUUUAUAAAACAAAUUUAAGCAAGAUCCUUUAGAGAGUAAAAAUUAAGUAGUAGGUACAUAGUUAUAUUGCUUUGUACUGAAAAUAAAUAACUGGUCACAGUUUGAUGUGACCAGUUUAGGAGAUUGCGAAUCAUGAGUAUGUAUAGAAUGGCGAGCGUAAGAGGUUGCUUUAUACUUUAUAGGAAAAAGUAACUUAAUUGUUAUGAUUUAUUUAUUUCGUUGCUUUUAAGAGAUUACGUUCAAAUGAUAUUUUAUUUUGGCACCAUGGAGCUGUUAAUUGUAAAACUACUACGUUAGUAUUAUUUAACAGCAUUUUAAUUUUAAGAACUUCCUACGACGACGUCAUUUUUAGAGUUUAUUUUCGUUAUCUAAAGGUUGCUCAGAAUUAGAGAGGAAAAAUAAAAAAAUGCGACUUAGGGGCUGUUCACGUAUUAUGUCACGCUGCCAGGGUUUGGGUAGUCUUGAGGUAACCUGACGAAAUGCGACAAUAGAGGGAGGGAGUCAAAUGACAGGUGGGGAGGACGGUAUGAGACCUGCAUGACAAGUGGGGAUGGGUUUCAAAAAGUGGCCAAAACAGUGUGACGUAAUAGAUGGAUGGCCCUUCAGUAGUUACCAAUGAUGUGUAAUAUCUGACACCAUCGAUUGCAUGUAAAAUAAUAACUUCACAAUGUAAGCUGUUGCAUGGUUUAAAAGCACCUCUUUUAAAGCUCUCUUGAAAAAUCUUUUUAUUAAUUUUUCCAAAAAAUAACCAAAAGUAUCUUGAAAUACUGGAAGUGUGCAAUAUUUUUGAGAUGCAGGGGCCCUAAAACCUCUACUUACGACUCUCGAUUGCAAAGAUGUCCCUGGUAAUCGGUACGAUAUUAAAUAAUGGAAUUUUAUGAACAUUAGACACAGCUCUGUGGAUACCAAUAAGUAGUUAGUGAAAAUUAGCCAUAGGCCUAGUUGAUGUCAAUUAUUUUUGUGUACAAAACGCAUAAAGAGAUCAUUAUUAAAAAAUAUUCAAUGUUC